CGGGCAAAUUCACCCCAUAGUUUGUGUCUCUCUUGGAAAGUGAAGCAGCUACGGUAUGGGUGCUUUGACGAAAGGACGAUACCUUUCAAUGGGCUUCGUGUUCCUCGUAUAUUGCACUACAAGCACAACAUCUAAAGGAUCCACUGGAGAUGUUGUGCCAGAGAACUUGCCGUCUGUCCCAGGCACCCUCCCCCACUUCCUUCAGGAACCAGAGGAUGCCUACAUCGUGAAGAGCAACCCCAUCAAGCUGCGCUGUCGGGCCGUACCGGCCUUGCAGAUCUUCUUCAAGUGCAACGGGGAAUGGGUCCAUCAGAAUGAGCACACGUCUCAGGAGCACAUGGAUCAGAACACUGGGUUGAAGGUCCGGGAGGCGAUGAUCAACGUGUCCAGGCAGCAGGUGGAGGACUUCCACGGCCCGGAAGACUACUGGUGUCUGUGCGUGGCGUGGAGCCACCUGGGGACCUCCAAGAGCCGCAAGGCCACCGUGCGCAUCGCCUACCUCAGGAAGAGCUUUGAGCAGGACCCCCAGGGGAAGGAAGUGCCAAUCAAAGGGAUGAUCGUUCUUCACUGCCGACCCCCAGAGGGAGUGCCUGCGGCAGAGGUGCAGUGGUUGAAGAACGAGGAGCUGUUGAGCUCCCUGACCGACGACAACAUCGACACCCGAGCCGACCACAACCUCAUCGUCAACGAGGCGCGCCUGUCCGACUCGGGGAACUACACCUGCUUCGCCAGUAACAUCGUGGCGAAGCGCCGAAGCGCCACCGCUACUGUGGUGGUGUUUGUGAAUGGAGGAUGGUCUCUGUGGACCGAGUGGUCCUCCUGCAACGCGGCAUGUGGGAGGGGCGUGCAGAAGCGCUCCCGCACCUGCACCAAUCCCGCCCCUCUCAACGGGGGGGCGUUCUGCGAGGGCAUGUCCGUACAGAAGAUCACCUGCAAUGCCCCCUGCCCAGUUGACGGAGGCUGGGAGGAGUGGAGCGAGUGGACGGGGUGCAGUAGCCAGUGUGACAGGCAACGGAGGAGAGAGUGUGACGCUCCAGCGCCCAGGAACAGGGGCAAGAUGUGCGAAGGCGACAGCGAAACCACCGAAAACUGCACCGGAGGAAUGUGUACACAGAAUCGAAAGCUGCUGCAUGACGUUAAACCUCAAAGCAUGGAGGGCUUCAAUGAGGUGGCGUUGUACUCGGGUCUCGGGGCGGGAGCUAUCGCCGUGGCAGCGUUGGCGGUGGCCUUCAUGCUGUACAGGAAGAGCCAGAGGGAGUACGGCGUGGACGUCAUCGACUCCUCCGCGCUUUCCGGAGGGUUCCAGUCGUUCAACUUCAAGACCACCCGACAAGGCAACCCGUUGCUUCUCAACCCGGCGAUGCAGCCCGACUUAACAGUGGGCCGGACAUACAGCAGUCCCAUCUGCUUCCAGGACUCCAUAGACAAAGAGCUCUUUGACCCCCUGCCCGACAUCAAGGUCAACGUUCAGAGCUCCUUUAUGGUUUCACUAGGUGUGGACGAGCGCGCCGAAAUCCAUGGCAAAGGCCCUCCGGAGACCUUCCCCAGGGGCCUCAGCCGAGACCAGGGCACCGUGGAGAGGAGGAGCACCAAGAAGGGUGUGCUAGCCCCCAACGGGCCCUUCACCCCCGCCAAAGACCAGAUGAAGACGACGGGCGUGUUCGGACACCUGGGCGGUCGGCUGGUGGUGCCAAACACAGGAGUCAGCCUGCUGGUGCCCCAUGGAGCCAUUGCGAAGGAGACCUCUUGGGAGAUGUACAUGGUGAUAAAUGAGGGCGAAGCCAGUGUCAAUUCAGAGGAAGGCUGCGAGGUUCUGCUGGGGCCUGAGGUGACGUACGGACCUCCGGGACUGGACCUUGACAGUCCGCUGGCCAUGACGAUAGCUCACUGCUGCGAAGUGAACCCGGAUCACUGGAACAUCCAGCUGAGGAGGAAAACAGCGGAAAACAAGUGGGAGGAAGUGAUGUCAGUCGAGGACGAGUCAACAUCUUGUUACUGCCUAUUGGACUCCACCAGCUGUCACCUGCUGCUGGGGCAGCCUGGCUCCUAUGCCUUGGUUGGGGAGCCUCUCACGGAGGCAGCCGUGAAGAGGCUGAAGUUGGCCGUGUUUGGUGGCGCGGGGGCCAGCUCCAUGGACUAUAGCCUUAGGGUCUACUGUGUGGACGACACGCCGCACGCUUUUCAGGGAGUGGUCUCCACGGAGACGAGCAGAGGUGGUCAGCUCCUCGAGGAGCCCAAGAUGCUGCCUUUCAGAGGGAACACCUUCAGCCUGCAGGUGUCCAUCCAGGAUGUCCCUCAGUUCCUGUGGAGCAUUAAACCCUUCACCACCUGCCAGGAAUUCUCCUUCCCCGAAGUGUGGCACAGCAACCAGAAGCCCCUGCACUGUGCCUUCUCCCUGGAGAGAUACAGCCCCACCACCACCCAGCUGUCCUGCAAGAUCAGCGUGCGACAGGUCAAGGGUCACGAGCAGAUUCUGCAGGUCUACACGGCCGUGGCCGAGAAUGAAAAGGAGUCCAUUCCGUUGUUUAUGCAGACAGACUGCACCAUCACCUCCCAGACUGGGCAUAAGGCCUUCAAAAUCCCCCCGUCCAUCCGCCAGAGGAUCUGUGCCACCUUUGAUACUGCCAACGCUAAGGGCAAGGAUUGGCAACUCUUAGCCCAGAAACUGCAUUUAGACCGAAACCUUCCGUACUUUGCUAAACAACGUAGUCCCUCCGCUGUGAUCCUGAGCAUGUGGGAGGCCCAGCACCAAGACUCUGGGGACCUGGACUCUCUGGCGAGUGCAUUGGAGGAGAUCGGGAAGACCCACUCCAGAGGCCCCGCCAAAGUCGAGGAGCAGCACCGAUCACACUUCAAUCCCCUCGGACCGGAAAGCCCCGCCAGCGUUUGUGGCGUGGCGGAGUUUAACGACCCAGAGACGACUAUUAACCCUGUCCCGGAAUGUACCGGCUGA